AUGGUAAUUUCUGUUCAUCCACCUUCAUCUAAAAAACAAAAGAAAGUCAAAGUUGAGGAAAACAUCUCUCUCGGACCACAAGUCCGAGAAGGUGAACUGGUCUUCGGCGUAGCACAUAUCUUUGCUUCUUUUAACGAUACUUUUGUUCAUGUCACUGAUUUGUCUGGCCGUGAAACUAUCGUUCGCGUUACUGGUGGUAUGAAAGUAAAAGCCGAUCGUGAUGAAUCAUCGCCCUACGCUGCUAUGUUGGCUGCUCAGGAUGUCGCAGCAAAAUGCAAAGAGUUAGGUAUUAACGCUUUACAUAUUAAACUCCGAGCCACGGGUGGUAAUGGUACAAAGACACCUGGUCCUGGUGCACAAUCAGCCUUAAGAGCUUUAGCUAGAGCGGGUAUGAGAAUUGGCAGAAUUGAGGAUGUUACGCCUAUUCCCACUGAUAGCACUCGUAGGAAAGGUGGACGUAGAGGUAGACGCACCUCUUCCGGUGUUCCUACAGUUGCGUGUUUGUCUGACCCAGAAUCAAAAUGUAAAACAUGUAUGUCAACACGUACUCCCGAAGGUGAAGUAAAUGUAAGACGGAACACCAGUUUAUUAAUUAGAGUGAAUCAUGAAGAUGGAAGAGUGAGAAAUAUCGUUAUAGACUGUGGGAAAACAUUUUAUGUUUCAGCAUUGAAAUGGUGGCCACAUUAUGGAUUACGUCAAAUUGAUGCUCUUAUAUUAACUCAUCCGCAUGCUGAUGCAAUAAAUGGGUUAGAUGAUUUACGAGCUUGGACGCUACAUAAAAUAAUACAAGAACAGAUUUCGAUCUAUACGACAAUUGAGACUUUAGAUAAUGUCAAGAUCUCGUUUCCUUAUCUGGUGGAUACAAGUCAAGCGACUGGUGGUGGAGAUAUACCAUCGUUUAAAUGGAAUGUUAUAGAUUCGAAGCGCCCAUUUACUAUUGAAGGAUUAGAGUUUACUCCCCUCCCAGUUCAACAUGGUGUCUAUUUCACAACAAAAGAACCUUAUAUGUCCAUUGGUUUCCGCUUUGAUAAUAUAUGUUACAUUUCUGAUUGCAACGUUAUACCAGAAGACACCUACGCAAAAAUUCAUGGGUGUGAACUCGUAAUUUUAGAUGCCUUGGAUCAUAAGGAACAUUCAUCCCAUUUUUCAAUACAGCAAGCUAUUAACACAACAAAGAAUCUAGUUCCAAUACCCCAAAGAACUUAUCUUACAGGCUUUUCUCAUGCAGUAGAACAUUACAGUUUGACUGAAGAGAUGAAGUUGUUAGAAGAAAAGGAACCCGGAUUGUGGAUUAGACCUGCGCAUGACGGAUUAAAAGUGUGCAUCGAGGACGACAUGGUUAUUUCAAAUGGAUUAGUUAAUAAUUAA